AUGACAGAUCCCUACACCAAUCUCUUCCGGGGCUACUUCUCCCACUGCCCCCCUCCUUUUCAACCCUUCAACCACGUCUGCAUCAACCAGAACCAGACCUCCCUCACCACCUUCUCCUUUCAGCCCCCGCCACCGCCAUCUCCCCCUCUCAGAGAGGCCCUUCCCCUUCUCAACCUCAACGAGGGGGACUCCCCCUGCACUUCCUUUGAAGAAAGCCAAGGCGAUGGCCGCAGGAAGGAGACGGAUGGAGACGAGGACUCGGUUGCUGUGAACCUCCACAUAGGCUUACCGAGCCCAACACCCGCUGAUGUGAUCCCUAGGGUUUCUUCUUCCUCCUCGACGGCGGAAGACGAAGGAGAAGCCCCAAUGGGGAACACCAACGCCGCCAUAGGGAGGGUCAACAGGGGUCAGUAUUGGAUUCCGACUCCGACUCAGAUCCUCAUCGGACCCACUCAGUAUUCUUGCCCCGUCUGCGGCAAGACCUUCAACAGGUACAACAACAUGCAGGUACGUGACCGAAAUUCAGUGAGCAAUCGUCGUAAUUGUGACCUUUCUUCUUUUAUCUUCUCCUCGCAACAGAUAGAAGGAUAGAUCGGGAGAGAGAGAGAGAGAGAGAGAGAGAUUAAUCACCGACGAUAUCCUCCUUGUUUCCUCUACACCACAACCCCCCCCCGCCCCCCAAAUCGUAUGUAGAUUAGAUAGAUGGAUGGAUGUAUAUACAGUAAAAGAGCGGGGAGGAAAAUCACUAUGAUUUUACCUCCUUUGUUCAUCUUCUCUCCAGAAAAAUAUCGACAGAGGGAUAUAUAUAUAUAUAUAUAUAUAUAUAUGUAUAGAGAGAGAGAGAGAGAGAGAGAGAGAGAGAGAGAUGGAGAUAUAUAAGGAGAAAAGGGGAUGGAGAUAAAGCACCGUGAUUUUAUUACUUCCAUCUUCUUCCCCCCAUAUCACUCCAUGCAAGCUGUACAUUUCGAAAGAGACAGAAGCCACCUAUCAACUGCACUCACAGUGAGAAAACUGAUCUACGAGGAAACUACGGCAGAUCUCUUCUACGAGAGAGUAAGAGGUCAGCGUCCCUCGUUGGUGCUUCUCUCUCCGCUUUCUUACAUGAACCCAUCUCUUUGCCCUUUAGAAAAAACUCAGUGUAGUAGAGGAAAGGCCUUUAUCUUAUUAUGAUCCCCAUGCCCAUUACCAACGCUCACUCAUCUUCUGCUCCACAAACGAGAAGAAGUGACCGCCAUCAAUCACUGUUCAGUGAGCCGAAGGCCCCACACGGCAGACUACCUCCUUCUUUCCCUUCAUCCUAUUACUAUUGUUAUUAUUAUUCAGGAUCAAAGACACAGGAGUGCUACUGCUAGAUCAUAACAGUUAGAACAUUUAAGGAAGGGAAAGUCACGUGAAGAGAGGCUUCUCUUUAGGGUUUGAAACUUUCGUUCGUAAACAUUGUCGCGCCCAUUCAGGGCUAGACUAGGGUUUCUCUCUCCCUUCCCGUCCCCCCUUGAUUUCCAAAAAUAAUCACGGUGACAAACACCCAGUAUUUUGACCUCCUAAUAUUAGGAACAUUCAGAAUCUAGACACCAAGAAAGUUAUCACGAAGAGCACUCGGUACGUUUAUCAUCUCCUAUCAUGGUUAGCGUGAAGAACACUCAAUAUCUUGAUCUGCUACAAUUGGUGUGGUGAAGGACUUUGGCAUCUUGAUUUCCUGAAUUAGUUAUCGCCGAGAACAGUCUGUAUAGUGAUUACCUCUUUCUUUCUCUCACAUGCCGCAUACGAACGAGUCUGGCUUUGCCCGAGCUUUAUCAUUUCUAUCCCUCAUCUUGCUCUCCGAAAUACACACGGUGAAGAACACUAACCGCCAAAAUGGGUGCCCUGAAGAACACUCGGUAUCUUGAUCUCCAAAAGCGGGUACAAUGGACAAUACUCCCAGACAUUGGGAGUCGUACGUUCGGAGAGAAAUUUGAAGAGACAUAAUCAGUGGUGCAAAUGAAUCAGCCAAGAUCGCAGCUCGACUCAAUCCCCACCCAACCAAUUAUCCGUGCACUCGUCCUGAAAAUCAAGCCUGUGAAAACUCGACCGAGUUCGAACUCUCUUCUUGUCGACUCUCUCUCUCUCUCUCUCCCCUAUUUCCCUCUCUUUCUCUCUCUAUCUAUCUCUCUCUCUCCCUCUCUCUCUCUCUCUCCCCCUCUCUCUCUCUCUCCUCUCUCUCUCUCUCCCCUCUCUCUCUCUCUCCCUCUCUCUCUCUCUCCCCUCUCUCUCUCUCUCUCUCUCUCUCUCUCUCUCUCUCUCUCUCUCUCUCUCUCUCUCUCUCUCUCUCUCUCUCUCUCUCUCUCUCUCUCUCUCUCUCUCUCUCUCUCUCUCGCGCGCGCGCGCGCGCGUUAUCUAUCUCGCUCUCUCCUCGACAGAGAAGAUGCAUGGGCAUCGUCUCAUCCGGUCGGUGACCACUGACUAAUGCUCUUCUCGUCCUUGUUCCCUGGGCGGCGGCGGCGUGACGGCAGAUGCACAUGUGGGGGCACGGCUCGCAGUAUCGGCGCGGCCCCGAGUCCCUCCGCGGCGUCCAGCCCACCGGCAUGCUGCGCCUUCCCUGCUACUGCUGCUCCCCUGGCUGCAAGAACCACAUCGACCAUCCCCGCGCUAAGCCCCUCAAAGACUUCCGCACACUUCAGACCCACUACAAGCGCAAGCACGGCAUCAAGCCCUUCGUGUGCCGCCGCUGCGCCAAGGCCUUCGCCGUACGCGGCGACUGGAGAACGCACGAGAAGAACUGCGGCAGGCUGUGGCUCUGCGCCUGCGGCUCGGAGUUCAAGCACAAGCGGUCCCUCAAGGACCACGUCCGGGCCUUCGGCCAUGGCCACGGCUGCUUCGACCUGGAGCCGGCGGAGGACGAGGAGGAGGAGAUCUCCUCCGAGGUGGAUCACGAGAGCAGCAGGGCCAGUUAG